AUGACGAGAGAACACAUUCCUUUGCCUGGCUUGCGAGUCAUGGCAACCGCUUUCUUCCUAGCCCGCAUGGCGGAGGCUGAGACCAACAAGAACUACUGCGCCAACCUGGACAACAAAGUCGUAGACUACAAAAACUGCGAUGGCAAACAACCUCCAGAGACAUUCUUCAUGUUCGCCAGCGACAACCAAAAUAUUUCUCUUGGUUCUGCCAUCGAUCCCAUGCAAAUAGAUCUCUUCGACAGCUCCCACCCCGUCGAGCGACAAAACAUCCUCCUUCCACUUGAAAUUGAGAGCGGUGGAUUUGGAAAGCGUCAAGACUGCGGCGGUGCCGCCGACGAUCCCGGUAGUAGCAAUGGCGGCUAA